CCGGGCCUGUGUCAUACCUCUUUUCGUGGUAAUGUCGGAUUCGGAAAAUUGUAAAAAGCAAACUGGCAAACACGCUCUUUAUAGUUGUAGCAUAGGUUACAUGUUUUUUUUUUUAUUUUCACAUAGAAACAAUAGCUAACAUUUAUUUGCCAGACAUUAAAUAAUGUAAAUUAAAAAAAGAAAAAGAACAGGCAAGUCGUUGGUCAUUCCUGGCUGGAGUUGAGAGGUCGGGUUUGGACCCCGACAUGCCAAUCCAAUAGCUGUGUGAGAGAAGCCUGUGUGUUUCAUUUUAAUAACUUUCUGUAAUUUAUUAAUUUAAAAUAGACGACAGUGAAAUGGAGAACGACAUAUUAGACUCUUUGGCGGAUCUGUGUUACAAGGGUCCUCUGGUAGAAGAUGGUGCGCUGGAUCGGGCAGUUGCUGGGGGAGCUGCUUCUCCUGAAUUCACAAAGCUCUGUGCCUGGAUUGUCUCUGAGAUCAAGCUGUACUGCAAACUGGAAGAGAAUGUGCAAGCCACAAACAGUCCCACUGAAGCAGAAGGCUUCCAGCUUGAGAUGAGUGGCUUGCUAACAGAGAUGAACUGCCCUUAUUCUGUUCUUACAACUGGGGAUGUCGCAAAACGUCUUCAAAACAAGAACAACUGCUUUUUGCUGCUCACCUACCUUAUUUCCGAGUUGGAGGCAUUAAAGAUGGUUCAUGUAAGCCAUCCAUCAAAGACGGCCCCGGAGCGGGCAGGCAGUGACGUUUUUAUUGAGCUGAAAGGAAUUUGUGUGGGCCUGGGUAUGUCCAAACCCCCCGCCAACAUUGCCAUGUUCCAGUUCUUUAGUGGAAUUGAGAAGAAGCUAAAGGAAGCCAUGUCCAAGGUUCCGCCGAAUCAUGUUGGAAAGCCUCUAAUGAAGAAACCCCUUGGACCAGUUCACUGGGAAAAAAUCGAAGUUAUUAACCAAGCACUAGUUAAUGAAUAUGAAGUCCGGAGGAAGAUGCUGCUGAAACGACUUGAUGUAACGGUGCAGUCUUUUGGAUGGUCAGAAAGAGCAAAGACCCGUGCUGAUCAGCUGGCGAAGGUAUACCCGCCGAAACGGACUGCUCUUGCUACAAAAAGCAAUAUUUCUGUUGCUCACCUAUAUGCAGCCCGGGAAGAUCUGUCCAAGAUUUUAAGAACCAGUAGCGGAAGGAUCCGUGAGAUGUCAGCCUGUGCCAUCAACAAGGUGCUGAUGGGCCGGGUGCCGGACCGAGGAGGAAGACCCAAUGAGAUUGAGCCGCCUCCUCCUGAAAUGCCGCCCUGGCAAAAAAGGCAGGACGGCCCGCAACAGUACGGAGGAGGAGGCGGGCAGCAAAACAGAGGCGGUGGUAGAGGGGGCUAUGAUCAGCAGUCCCAGGGAGGCCGGGGAGGGUACGAUCGAGGAGGGUAUGACCGAGGAGGUGGUGGCCGGGGUGGCAGAGGGGGCAAAGUACAAGGGGGUUGGGAUGGAGGAGGUGGUGGCUACCAAGCCAACUACCAAGGUGGCGGAUACCAAGGGGGCGGAUACCAAGGCGGGGGAGGCAGGGGAGGUGGAGGGUAUUCAGGUGGAGGGUUUCAGGCACCUACCUACCAGGGAAGUGGAUACCAGGGAGGAGGAGGCGGGGGUGGAGGUGGAGGAUACCAGCAGGAUAACCGCUACCAGGACGGUGGCUACCAGGAGAGAGGUGGCCGUGGGGGGCGUGGCGGCAGGGGCAGGGGGAACCGGGGCGGUCAAGGAGGGGGAUGGGGUGGCAGAGGAGGGCAGAACUUUAAUCAGGGAGGGCAGUUUGAGCAGUACUUCCAGCAGGGAGGCUAUCAUUAUAACCAGGCAGGUUUUGGUCAAGGGAAGCAUUAUUCAAGUUGAGGUUACCCUCGUGGUCAUUACAGCAGAGCUCACGUACAAUCGAGAUAUAGAGAGUGGGAUGAAAAAAAAAAGCCUUAAAACUACUAAAUAUUCCAGCAAUGUACACUACCAUAGAAUUGCACGUAAGGUCAGCAGUUCUUGGAGGAGUUUACAGUAAGACUGAAGACUUUUUUUUUUUUUUUUUUUUUGUAAUCCUGAAUAUAUGGUGACAUUUCUGAUGACAUGGUUUACAUGAGUUGUACAGACAUGACAGUACCUAUGCAAUCAUUUAUUUUAUUUUAACUUUUUUUUCCAGGAAUUUCAACAUAAUUCAGGCUUUUGCCUUCAUAUCACAAAUACACUGAAGCCUCUUCCCCUAAUGAGAGUUGUAUUUGUUUCUCUCUAUAAUUUGAACCCUAUGCGAGGGCGUCGCACUUCGUCAAACUAACAGAUAACAGAAAUAUCCUUUUAAGACCCUCUUCUGAUCAGUAACAUGAAAUUGAUCGUCAGUGUCUCCACAAUAUGAGUUCUGCUGCAAUUGCUUUAGGUUACAAAUGAAUAGCCUUAUUUUCUGAUUUUUUUUUUUAAUUUUAUUUUUUUUAAUAUAAACACAAGGAAGAAAGAACAUGUGUCUGUAGAGAACUGACAUGCCACUACUACAGUUUUUUUUGUAUUGUUCCUUUUUUUAAAGAUCUGCAACACUGCCAUAUACCUGUAUGGUGGUUCAAAAACAAAUUCUCAAACAAGAAAAACAUCUAGAUGCAGUCAUUCUUUACAGGAAGAUUGAUAUCUUCAGCAUUAACUGCAUGAGAUUACACCACUGGCUAAAACACAUUGUUUAUUUAAACUAAAAUGUACUGCCAUCCAGGCAAGGGACUGGAGAAUCCUGGAGGCCUUUUGUUCUUGCUAAGACAGCAUCCAACUAGCUAAGUUCAUGAUUUUUGUUCAUUUUUUUUUCUUUACUAAAAGCCACAUGACACUGCUUGUUGGCUAUUAUGUGUACAUAUGUUUUGUGAAGUUAUGAAAGACAGUGCUUGAAAGUGUGCUAUUGAAUGAAAGGUGAGCAAUAAAAAAAAAAAAAUCUGAAUUAAGUUAUUUCAUUAAUAAAAAAAAUCAACUGUUUUAAA